CUCAGCUCAUCCUCUUUUGACUCAAGUUUUGAUCUCAUAACUCAACUCAUGACAAAUCACUCAUUAAUUAAUUGAGCAUCGUUUUUUCCAUUAUCGCGCUUGUUCAGAUCAGGUCUACUUUCGAUCCUUCUUCAAAAAUAGAAUAUUCUUUCGAUAUGUCGAAUUCAGACCUUUUCCAAGUAAAACAAGAAGAAGAUGAUGAGAAAAAGAUUAUUACGUCCAAAAUUCCAAAUAGGUGCAUACUAGAGGAUAUUGCACCUAGUCAACAUGAUACCGUUGACCAAAACCAAGAUGAAAAUAAUCCAGAUCAUGAUGAUGAAAAAGAAAUACUAUUUCAAGAAAAUUGUUCAAAGGAUCCAGAUGAAGGAAGCUCAUGUUUGGGACAACUUGGAAUGAUACAGAGAAGAUCAACACAGAUGUUGUGCAAAGAUAAUGACACACACAAAUCAAGAAAUGAUGAUCGCAACGAUGACGAUGGUGGAUUUACGACUCCAACUUCUUCGGAUCACAAAAUCCAAGUGAUGACAACGUGCCCUUCUGCACCCAAAAAAAGUAUCAAAAGAAAAUUUUCAGAUUCACCAAACAUACAUCCAACUCUCCAUGUUGACUUUGAAGAUUUGGAAGAGAAUAUCAAGAAAUUAAGAAAAAAUGAUCAUCAAGAAUGAACUUCAUUUAUAUUAAAGGUGAGAAAUAAAAUUCAUCACUAGUAAUUAAUUGGAUUACUACCUUUAUAUAUAUAUAUUGUAACAUCUAAUAAUUUAUAUGUAUUAAUUUACCCUUUUCAAUAGGAUACAAAUUAAUAUAUAUGUGUAAUUAAUUACCUU